AUGGAGGCUCCCUUCAGCCCCUCAACUCCGUCGCCGGCGCCCAACCUCUCCGUACCCAUCUCGCUGGGCUGGGGUCUCAACCUGACUUCCGGACAGGGAGCCCCAGUCCCGGGGCCCCCGCCUCCGCCGCCGUCCGGGCCGCCCAGCCGCCGCGUACGCCUGGUCUGCCUGGGGGUCAUCCUGGUGGUGACGGUGGCUGGCAACGCCACAGUGCUGUGUCGCCUGUGCGGCGGCGGCGGCGGCGGGCCCUGGGCGGGUCCCAAGCGUCGCAAGAUGGACUUCCUGCUGGUGCAGCUGGCCCUGGCCGACCUGUACGCGGGCGGGGGCACCGCGCUGUCGCAGCUGGCUUGGGAACUGCUGGGCGAGCCGCGCCGGGCCGCGGGCGACCUGGCGUGCCGCUGCGUGCACCUGCUGCGGGCGUCCGGCCGCGCCGCCUCGGCCCACCUCGUGGCGCUCAUCGCCCUCGAGCGCCAGCGCGCCGUGCGCCGUCCGCAGGGCCCGCCGCUGCCCGCGCGCGCCCUCGCCGCCCUGGGCUGGCUGUUGGCGCUGCUGCUGGCGCUGCCCGCCGCCUUCGUGGUGCGCGGGGGCGCCCCCUCCCCGCCGCCGCCCGCGGCGCCCCCGCCGGCCCGCUCCUGGCCGGGGGAGCGCCGCUGCCAAGACAUCUUCGCGCCGCUGCCGCGCUGGCACCUGAUGCUCUACGCGCUCUACGAGGCCUUGGCGGGCUUCGCGGCGCCGGCCGCGGUCAUGAGCGUCGCGGGCGGCCGCCUGCUCCGCGCCUGGCGGCUGCGUCCGCCCCAAGCCCCAUCGGCGGCGGCGGCACCCAGGUCAGCCAGUCCGGGCCAGGGCCCCGCGCCCAACGUGCUGCCCCGUGCCAAGGUGCAGAGCCUCAAGAUGAGCCUGGUGCUGGCGCUUCUGUUCGUGGGGUGCGAGCUGCCCUACUUCGCGGCCCGGCUGGCGGCCACGUGGUCGUCUGGACCGGUGGGGGACUGGGAGACCGACGACCUGGCGGUGGCGCUGCGCCUCGUGGGGGUGGCCAACAGCGCCCUCGAUCCCUUCGUCUACCUGUUCUUCCAGGCCGGCGGCUGUCGGCUCAGGCAGCGCCUGCGGAGGCGCCUGGGCGCGCUGUGCUGCCCGCUAGAGGGGGUCGCGGAGGACGAGGAGGGGGCCCGGGGCCACCAGGCGCUCCACCGCCACCGCUGGCCCCACCCGCAUUAUCACCACGCCCGGCGGGAGCAGCCCGAGCAGGGUUACCCGCGCCCACCUCCGCCGCGCCCCCGGCCGCCGCCCUGCUCCUGCGAAAGCGUCUUCUAG